AUGGAUGACAAGAGAGAGAUUCCAGACAGUCAAGAGGUUCCUAACGAAGGUCAAAUUAUUGUGGUUAUUGAUGUUCAAUGGAUUGAUGAAAAUAAUCACAAACGUUCAGCUGGAUCAGAUAUUGCUCUGGUGGCGAAAAAGGCUAAAACAUCUUCUGGACAUUCUUCUCAACUUCUAGUCCCAAAUCACUUCCAACGUUCUUCUCAACUUCUCCUACUAUCAAAUCAACUGGAACUUCUGGUUGUAGAUCUUUUCGACCUUCUAAGCAACUUCUUUCUGGUCGCAGAUCUUCUCGACCUUCUUUCCAUCGAUCUGAGACAGUUAUUCGGUCUUCUAGCCUCGCCAUUUUACAAAAUGGCUUCUAGAGGUUUUAAUUUUAACAUCGAAGAAGUACUCGGGCGUUAUGAUCAUACUGGUGAAGAUAUGGCAAUCUUCUUGAAGGAUCAGACACCGGAAUAUCUGAAGGAGAUGUUUUCCAAUGGCAACCUCCUCAAAGCUUUAACAGAUAGCAGCAUAUUCGAGGACAUGCCUAAAGUUGCUGGGGAAGAUUUCACAACCUUAUUAGCCAAUAUGGAACGUUUGCCAGACUCAGAUUCUUGGACAAUCAAGCCAACAGACUCGAAUACUACGAACAAUGUCACGCUCAAAUCAAACAUUGGUAAUAGAAAGGUUAAGGGAGCGAAAGUUAAUUCCGUGAGGGUUAUUGCAUCUGGUAAAAUCACCAAAUCCAAAGGCAAAAUCACCGGAUAUAAGGGGGUUUCAAGUGGCACAAUGUCUAAUUCAUCAUUGAAGAAGAAAUCUUCACCACCAACGCCAAUUGCGUCUUCCUCGUUGCUACCAGUAGUAGAAGCAGAAUAUUUAUCAUCUUCAAGAGUGCCUAGUGGCUCAGAAGAUUCACGUACAACUACAGAUGAUGAUGACGACGAUGAAGAGUAUGAUGAUAACCAACUCGAGGAGUCUCGAACAAAAGAUGUGGGAGGUGCCGCAGAACUAACCCCUGACGAGCAUACAGUAAUGGAUGACAUGCCUUCAGACCUACUCAGCAAAGAAAAGAAGCAAUAUUUGAUGAAGUUGGAGGGUCAAGGCCAUAAUUUGGCGAUCCAUUCAAGAAUUUCAACAUACAGAGCAGGGCUGUACUCCGCCACGGCAAUCGAAGCUGAUUCCUUGUUCUUGUCAUAUAUUGAAAAUAAUUGGAAUGAUAUCAAGGUUAUUGAACCUCUGAGAACUGCAUGUUCUCGAUACCGAUACAAAGCUGAUAGCCCCCAUAUCAGUGAGGAAGACCUCACAUCCAAGUUAGUUACUUUGGAUGCGGGAGUUAUUGACAAAGAUGAUAUCGAGAGGUUAGUUUCUGUUACUAGGAAUUCAUAUCGGGCAGAAAGUGAAAAGACAUGGGCGGAGAUUGAGAUUGUGUAUGCAGAUUAUUGCAUACACGGAUUGAUCGAGGGUGCUGCCAUCACGAAUCGACUGGAUACAACAAUUAAGCGUGGAAGAGGAAAUCCUGAAACGAUAGCAAAGAGCAUGUUUUAUGAGAGGAUGGCUCAAGCCGAGUAUAUGAGAAAUGGUGGAGAUAUGAAUGCAUUGGAAGCGAACAGUGAUCGUAUUGAUGCAUCUAUCAAUAAGUUCAGACAGAGAAAGAGCCUGGGUGUUAAAUAUGCAAAGUUCAUCGAAGCCUUUGGACUGGGAAUGAUAAUAUUAUUGCCUAUGCUUAUGCAACGCUUCUAUCAGGUUGGCCAUGAUCGUACUGGUUUUCGGAAAUGGCAUAAGGCAAGAUUAGAUGUUCUUAUCGAAUUAAUCAAGAUGAAGGACCACAAGUCGAAAAAGAAUAUGGUGGCCUUAUCUGGGUUACACGCGGAUCACUUACAACCCUUUCUUUCCGAGCCCUUGGAUAUGGAUGCGAUCAUUGAUGCGAUCAAUAAUUCUGAAUUGUCAGAUCCUCCCAAUGGUGUGGUGGAUGGUAAAAGAAAACUGCCAGCCUCAGAAGAAUUCAUUCAACGACUGAUGGAUGAGCUGCCACAGGUUACUACAGUAAUUACACAGAACCUCAAAAUCUCUCGGCAAGAUCUACAAUGCUUGUCAGUCAACAAAAAAUUAACGGGCAACGUUAUUGAUUUGGCUUUGCAUAGUUAUGGAAAGAUGAAGCAGGCGGACGUUUGUGUUAUUCCUUCAACUGCUCUUCAGCAUUGGAGCAGUUUCUCUAAUGAAAUAAGGCAAAAGUAUCUUUCACGAUUUUUUAGGCUGCGCAGAAAUACUCCGCUACCCGACCCCAAUGAGAAAGGCCAGAUCCCCGUUGUUAUUAGAAUCUGGGAUAGUUUGGGGGGGAAAUCAUCUAUAAUGCCAUACCAAAAGUACCUUCAAGAUAUACUCAUGGUCGAUGGUGGUUCAUUUACUUUCAAGAUAAAGAAUGAACCAUCUAUGACACAAGGGAAUGUUAGCGAUUGUGGGGUCGUUGCCAUUCAUAAUAUGAUGCGAUAUUUCUUUAAGGACGAGGAUGUGGAGAUGUGGACAAGUGAGUGGAGCAGAGAUCAACGACAACUAAUUGGGGAGGAGAUAGUACAAUUGAGUUUGAAUGCACAUAGGGGGAAAGGAAAAGGCAAGGGGAAGGAGAUUGCUUGA